AAAAAUCAAGGCACUAUGGCCUGGUUCCAGGCAAACCUUACUGGGCAUUUUGGAGGCCCAGCUUACAUGGAAAAAUUAGCAAGGCAACAACUGCUCCGGGGGAACACCAGAACGCAACUCCAAAGGCGUUAUCGCCGUCUCGCGAGCAACGGGAGGAAGAGAUAUUCGAAGUUUCGAUCUUUUCUCUUGCUCUGCUCUCCAAUGGCGGUGGCGGCGGCACGAAGCGCUCUCCUGAAGCACCUCAGGGUGACGGUGGCAUCUCCGGCGCCUCCCCGCCGGGCGGCUCCCCUCUUCUUCGACCAGCUCGUCCUCCGCCGCCGCGGCUUCUCCACGGACGAGGCCAGGGGCACCUUCCUCGACAAGUCGGAGGUCGCCGAUCGGGUCAUCACCGUAGUCAAGAAUUUCCAGAAGGUCGAUCCCUCCAAGGUCACACCAAAUGCUUAUUUCCAAAAGGACCUUGGCCUGGAUAGUUUGGACACCGUAGAGAUUGUCAUGGCCCUAGAAGAAGAAUUUGGCUUUGAGAUCCCUGACAACGAAGCAGACAAGAUUGACUCCAUUAGCUUAGCCGUUGACUUUAUUGCUUCACAUCCCCAGGCAAAAUGAGAUAAUGUCUAUGUCGCUUUGUUUCCCUCUGCUUUUUCAGAAGUCUCCACAGGCUGUUUUGUUCUAAAAAUUCAGUUUGAGCUCGAAGUUGGACUCUUUUCUUGAUCAUUUCAGAGCAGAUCAAUGCACAGCACUCAGAUCGACAGUCGAUCGGUUAUGGUAUUUUUAAGCUGAAGAUAUCAUGGACAUUCAAUCUGUUUGGGCUUAUUGUGUGUUUCUGGAUAUAACAAAAGUAACAGAAAUCUUUAACUGAUUUUUGUCGAGGAUAAAUUUAUUCUCCUGAAUAAUACCACUAGUUCUGCAUAUGCCAAGGCAGUUCUGUGACAAAUGGCGUGCUGAAGGUCCCUGGUUUUCUUUUAAAAAGGAUGAAAUUCCAAGCUUGUUUGAUGUGAAUAUUCUCCUGAAAUAAAGAUUCUUCCCUUUGUCAA